AUGGGGGAGAAAGAAUUUGAUUCCCAGAUUCAGGAAUUGGAAUCCGAGAUUGAACGCAUCACAGACCAACUGGACGCACAGAACGACUAUGAAAACGUCAAGAAAGAAUUAGAUAUUUUACGGAACUACGAAUUUAAGGAAGAGAUGGAUCAUGAGAAAACACAGACGGUAGAGGAAUUGCUGUUACUAAAGAACAAGCGACUGCAGAAGAAAGCCGCUGAGACCAAUGCGCUGCUCUCAGACAAGACCAAUGAGCUCACACAGCAGUCAGAGACCAUAGAGCGACUACAGGAUGAAGUCAGUCUCAAAGCCACGCUGGUGGCAGAGUUAGAAACAGGUCAGUGGCCGCACAGAUGCUAA